AUGGCUAGGUGUAGGGUUAGCGUCGGCUUCAUCCCCAGUUCCCCACCCCGCCCCUCAGCUCCUCGGCCAUCGCUCGCCGUCCUCGGCACCACCUCGCCGCCGCGCUGGUCCACCCGUGGUCCUCCACCGGCCGCUGCAGCCCCUGUACGCCGCCCGACGACCUCCUCCGCUGCCCUCCCUACCCCGACCAGGGGCACAACCGCGCAGCCGCGCCGGUCAGACCAGCCACUGGAGGCCCAAGCAGCCACCAUCUCCACCUCGUCGGCCAGCACAUCUCUAGCAAUCGCUGCUCGCCGCCCCCACCAUCGGCUGUACGGCGACGCCCCUGAGCCCCUGCCUUCCCUAUCGCGCUAUGGACCCUUGCAUCAGCCAGAUCCGAGCACCUCCGGGGCCGCCUUCGCAUGUCUUCGGCACCUCCGCCAGAACCUCUUCGGCCCCAUGAUUUCAGGGAGUAUGGACAAAUGUGAUCCUUAACUGUCGUUGUUCUUGGCGUGUUGCUGCCAUUUUACUGGGUAGAAUCUAUGCACGGCCGAGACCUCAGUCUAUCCACUGUA